AUGAACUCGGUCAGGGAAAGCUUUUUUUUAAAACAAGACUACUUCUCUAGUGACACAAACAAACUUAUGACAGAAGGUAGCAACACGAUUAUAAAUGCAACAUUUAGACAAAGAGAUGGUUUGAAGUAUAUGGACCUUAGGUGCAAGGUGGAUGUGAACAAACUGGAAGUAGAUGUUAGAAAGGUGUAUGAGUUUUACAUAUUUUAUGUGCCUUAUCCGAAGUGGCCAAACGCACGCGUGAUGCUGGCAGCCUUUGUGGCUGGGAAAUCUCUGUUUGUGAAAUCCUACAGAAUCCGAAUGUUUCCACAAUUAAAAAGAUUUCUUGAUGUAACCAAAAAGAAAUAUUGGAAAGGUGAAGAAGGCCCUGGGAAAUCUGCCUAUUUUGAAAUCUCUAUCCCUCUUGAUAUCUGUGACACCCUGACGGGGGCCUUCCAGUGUCAGGCUAAGAUCGUGGCGUCAGGCCUGUCAGAGAAUAAGAAAUACACAAUGGUCAUAGGGUGGUACCGCUUAAACAAUAGACUGUUUACCACUAAAGAUCAAGACUGUAAAGAAGGUAAAAGAUAA